GGAAAGCAGGAGAAGCUGGUAUAUCUCUUCAACCUGUCACUACCGCCACAGAUGAGGAAGGUUUUCAAAGACCCGAUUGGUUGGAGUACACACUAGGAUAUUCGGAGUUAUCUGAAGAAAAACUAGCUGCACUAAGUAAACGUUAUAAAACAAAAUUGACUUGGGGAGUUACUUUCACAAACUUUCUCUGGGAGGGUAUGACUAUGUUACCGUUCCUGCAGAAAGAGUUUAUAGAAAAUAAAGGUGAUAUUAUCAUGAAGAAAAUUAGUAACUUAGAAGAGUUGAGUGGUUAUGACGUCGUACUCAAUUGUACUGGAUUGGGUUCUCAGGAACUAAUUGAUGAUCCUGAUAUAAAACCAAUUCGAGGACAAAUCAUGAAAGUCAACGCUCCGUGGGUGUUCCACUCAUAUCUAAUGGUUACGGAGAAAUGUGGUUAUGUUCUGUCAAACAAAUCUUUCACCACUCUUGGUGGAACUAGACAAGUUGAUGAUUACAAUACUAACGUUAAUGAAGAUGACAAAGAAUAUAUUUGGAGAAAUUGUUCGGAGCUGUUGCCAUCCAUAAAGUCCGCAGAAGUAAUCGAGCAUCAGGUUGGCUUGCGGCCAGCCAGGAAUAAGGUCCGAUUGGAAGCAGAAAUUAAAAGGACGCCAACGUGUGACCUCAAAAUCGUUCACAAUUAUGGACACGGAGGGGCCGGGAUUACUCUGUCAGUGGGAUGUGCGGCCGAAGCAGCGGAGUUGGUCGAGAAGUUGCUGAAGGGGAAUUCUGAAGUUUCUGAUUAAAUAUAUUUCUAGAGAAUAGUUUUUUGUUUUCUUCCUGUGUUCUCGGGAAGUUACACAAACUCAUUAUUCAGAUGAUGAACCAUAUUUUCUGAAUGUUAUUUGAGAAGAUACACAAAAUUUUUAUG